CACCUUCCCUAGAGAAGGGGAGGGGGAUUUACAUUUGAAAACCGUAGUAACAGGAAUGAUUACAGAUCCAGUUGUUUUUGGCCGUCGUGACCGCAAUGAUACAGGCAGUAUACUUGAUGCAAUAAUGACUGGUGGGUCAAAUGUCACGAGUCCACCUUCUAUGACAAACUUCACUUUUCAAGCAAUGACAAACUUCACUACUCAAGCAAUGACAAACUUCACUACUCAAGCAAUGACAAACUUCACUACUCGAGCAGAAACUGGAAGAGUGACCGGAGACACCUUCCCUAAAAAAUGGGACAGGGGAUUUAGAUUUGAAGACCGUGGUACCGGAAUGGUUGACCGUGGAACAGGAAAAAUUGACCGCGGUACAGGAAUGGUUGACCGUGGUACAGGAAUGGUUGACCGUGGUACAGGAAAAAUUGACCGCGGUACAGGAAUGGUUGACCGUGGUACAGGAAAAAUUGACCGCGGUACAGGAAUUGUUGACCGUGGUACAGGAAAAAUUGACCGCGGUACGGGAAUGGUUGACCGUGCUAUGGGGACAGGUCCAGUUGGUUUCGGCCGACGUGACCGCAAUGGUACAGUUCUGUCUCCAGGCCUAGCGUCUAUAGAGCAAAGACGUUUGAAUCGACUUUGCGCGGAGAAAUGUAAAACUGAGCAUUGUUACCUGGCCGACGAAUUAGACUGUCGUAAUUUUAUAAAUUGUCAGCAGGACACGAGAAGUAGUUAUCAUGCUACACUACAGCCAUGCGCAUUCGGGACAUAUUGGGCUGGACUUCAGUUACAACAGAAAAUUACGUGUGAUGUUCCAACAGAAGUAGUGUGCAAUAGAGAUUACUGUGGCGGUCUAGCCAGCGGUGCAAAGUACGACAACCCUGACGGGAACUGUAAAACAUACUGGGAUUGUGGAAUAGACGGUAAACCAAAACCUAGAUGUUGUAAAGAUGGCUUCAGAUUUGAUAACAAAAGGAACGAGUGUGUCCAAGAUCUACUUGGCAGGUGUCAUGAUAAAUGCCCAAUUAAAAAAGACGCAUGCGUUGGUAAAGGCAACCAGACAGAAUUUUUUGAUGAUGGAAAUUGCGUUACAUUUUGGGAUUGCGAAGACUUUACCCCACAUCCGGUUUGCUGCCCUGAAGGUCAAGGCUAUGAUGCUGUUAGAGGCUGUAUCAAUAAUCCUUUAUGCAAGGACAUAUGCCCUGACCAGUACAAACCCGAUAUCUGUCUUCGACCAAACGUGGAGAAGUAUUCACUGUUAGAUGGAUCUUGUAGAACAUACAUGAGAUGUAACGCUGUCGAAGGUGAUGAACGCUGGUGUUGCCCAUCAAAUUUCGUGUUUGAUGGAAAUACACAAUCAUGUAUUGAGAAAACCCCAGAUAUGAAUCUAAAAUGCUCAGACUUGUGCCCUCCUGGUUUCAAAGAAGUGUGUCCACUUAGACCAGCUUUUAACGAAUCAGAUCAUUUUCUGACGAUUUCACAUGGUAUCGAAACAAAGAUGCCAUGUGCUCCGGGAACAGAAUUUACCUUGCAUGCAUGUGGCUGCAGUUUACCAGUUGAAAACCCUCCAGAUAACUCAUGUGCCCUUGAACUUGAUAUAUUGUUUGACGCCCCAACUUGGCACAGACUCGGCAGCCAGAGUGCUGUAAAGAUAGAAAGUAUUGGAACAAUAGGGGAAGGGCCAAAACUGAAUGGAAGAACUUCUUACAAAUUCAAUGGAGAUUUAUACUUCCGAACACCAUUUUUCCAGUCUUCAUAUGAAAAUCUUUUCAUUAAGCUUGUAUAUCUACCUGAAGCAGAUGGCACCAUUGGAAACUACAAGCAAAUUCUCUUGUCAAACUGUAUGAGAGUUGAUCUUGGAGCCCCGUCUCUAGAACUGUAUUUACAGAAUAAUGAGUUGAUCCUUGAGCUGGCCACUGACGGAACACAUCAAAACGCCCCUGGUUUAGCUGUUGGAAAAGUUCAAUAUACACCUGGAAUGUGGAAUACACUAACUGUCAUUUACAAUGGUCAUGACGUGUACAUGCUGAAUGAAGGAACAGGAUUACCUACCUUUGAUAGAAAACCACUCACAGGAGCUAUCUCCGUGGCUGCUGAAGGGCUAGACUUUGGAGGAUGUUACACACAUAGAAACCGUGCCGAGGGAUAUAUGGGUUCCUUAGCUGAGCUCCAGUUCUCCAAAUGCUUGCACCAGAAGUGGAUCGACACUUUCAACGCGAAUCUCCCGGAUCAGCCUUGAUCCCCGUUCAUAGUUUUUUUAUUAGAAAACAUAUAUAAUUUCGUCAUGCUACAUACUUUUGAGCAAUAUAUAGAUCCAUGUUCAUGUAAAAUUUUAUGUUGAAACAGUUUUAUUAACCGACAUAACAUCGGUGUAAUGUAUCAUUAGCAUCAUUUGAUACAGCAUUUACAUAUAACAAGGUUUAAUUGUUUUAUAUAUUCACGAAUUUUAUUAUAUAUUUUUUUGAAUAUAACAAGUUACAAGUAUUUUAUAUACAUGUAUUUAGAAACUGUUAAUUCUAUAAUUUGACAAUUUUUCACAUGAAUCUAAUCUUUAGUUACACAUAUUAGUAAGUUUGCCAUACCAGUCCUACGAUUCCAUUCAAAUGCUUCAAAGAUUGAAAGUAUUUUAUGUAAAGAUGGUGAAAGGACGUCAGUUUUUAUUAAAUUAUAAUUAGUAUUUAUUAGCAUUUGAGAAAAUCUGCUAACUGUUAUUUGACGAAAAUGAAAACUGAAAGUAUUUUUAUCAUAUCUAACUGUUAGUUUUACAUCACUCGCAUUCUAUUGAAUACUUAAAUAAUAAAGAAUAGCGAUUAGAACUUUCAAUAAUCCUUCCUGAAAUAUCUAAAAUUAGCAUAUCAUAUUGUAUACAGUGUAAUAUCAACUCAUAUUGUUUAUUUAGAGAGAGGUUACAACAUUAUGACACAAUAUGUAUCACUAUAAUUAUUAUAACAUAUUCACAAACUAAUGCAUAAUAAACUGCUGUACUAAAAUG